GGAGGAAGAGCCCAGGCCUCCGAGGUGGCUCCUGGCGGCACUGGCGACAUGGCGGACACCCCCAGGGACGCUGGGCUCAAGCAGGCCCCUGCCCCCCGGAAUGAGAAGGCGCCCGUUGACUUCGGCUACGUGGGCAUUGACUCGAUCCUGGAGCAGAUGCGGAGAAAGGCCAUGAAGCAGGGCUUCGAGUUCAACAUCAUGGUGGUCGGGCAGAGCGGCUUGGGGAAAUCCACCUUAAUUAACACACUCUUCAAAUCCAAGAUCAGCCGGAAGUCAGUGCAGCCCCCCUCGGAGGAGCGUAUCCCAAAGACCAUCGAGAUCAAGUCCAUCACACAUGACAUUGAGGAGAAGGGUGUGCGGAUGAAGUUGACGGUGAUUGACACGCCAGGCUUCGGGGAUCACAUCAACAAUGAGAACUGCUGGCAGCCCAUCAUGAAGUUCAUCAACGAGCAGUAUGAGAAGUACUUGCAGGAGGAGAUCAACAUCAACCGCAAGAAGCGCAUCCCCGACACGCGCGUGCACUGCUGCCUCUACUUCAUCCCCGCCACUGGCCACGCCCUCAGGCCGCUGGACAUAGAGUUCAUGAAACGCCUGAGCAAAGUGGUCAACAUCGUCCCUGUCAUUGCCAAGGCUGACACGCUGACCCUGGAGGAGAGGGUCUACUUCAAACAGCGGAUCACAGCAGACCUGCUCUCCAACGGCAUAGAUGUGUACCCCCAGAAGGAGUUCGACGAGGACUCAGAGGACCGGCUGGUGAAUGAGAAGUUCCGGGAGAUGAUUCCCUUUGCCGUGGUGGGCAGUGACCACGAGUACCAGGUCAACGGGAAGAGGAUCCUGGGGAGGAAGACCAAGUGGGGCACCAUUGAAGUUGAGAACACCACGCACUGUGAGUUCGCCUACCUGCGAGAUCUCCUCAUCAGGACGCACAUGCAGAACAUCAAGGACAUCACGAGCAGCAUCCACUUCGAAGCAUACCGGGUCAAGCGUCUCAAUGAGGGCAACAGCGCCAUGGCCAACGGCGUGGGGGACAAGGAGCCGGAUGCCCAGGAGAUGUAGACACCCCCUCUGCCCCCGGGCUGCCAUCCCCCCCAGGCCCGCCCACCCGCCCCACUUUCUUUUCUAUGUUUUUCUCCACGUGUCCUCUCCAUCGGCCCCACCCACGCUGCCCAGGAACAAG